UGCCCGGCUAGGCCAGAAAAUCAGCAACCCGGAAAAGAGUACCCCGUAGCCAGAACCGUGGAUUCUAACAACCCUUCGUUCAAUCGGCCACCCGUGCCUGUGGUUCACUGGUAGCUGUGUAUUUGCGUUGCCCUGCCUUGGUUAUUCUGCUUAUUUAAUGGCUAGAUAUCGUUGUCGUUUGCUCCUGGUGGUGAAAAUCGACCCGUUCUUCAUACGUCAUUCCUAAAUUUUUCGAACGGUGCUCAUCUAGCGGUCACGACCACGAAAGACCGAACGGCGGGUACGACACGGCGACAUUAGACCAUCUGUGCACGCAAUACUGUAUUGCGACGAUGCAGCAAACUACAAUGUCUUCGAAUAGCCCUAACAGCCCGGCAACGGUGUCGCCUCCGGCACCAAUUCCAAGUCCUGCCAUGAAGCCGAAGCUACAUAAGAAAGAGGUCGUGCUUAAGCAAAUUGCAUAUCCGUUUUGGUUUGGCGGCAGUGCGAGCAGUAUGGCGGCAUGUGUGACACACCCGCUCGAUCUUGUUAAGGUGCGAAUGCAGCUCAGUGCGGCUGACGGGCCGAAAACCAUGAGUAGCACAAUCAUGCACAUAUUGCGAAAAUCAGGGCCACGAGGUCUUUACGACGGGCUCACAGCGUCGCUAUUACGGCAGAUGACAUAUUCAACAGUGCGAUUCGGAGUCUACGAAGACCUCAAGCGUCGUUUCACACCCGAAGGACAGCGCACAAGCCUACCUCUCUUAAUUGGGCUAUCUGCGUUCUCUGGGCUUCUAGGUGGCAUAUCAGGAAACGCGGCGGAUGUGGUCAACGUGCGGAUGCAGCAGGAGGCCGUGCUAGGACCAUCACAUAAGCGGCAUUAUCGAAAUGGUCUAGAUGGUAUGAUCAAGAUGGCGCGGAACGAAGGCCUGUCUAGCUGGUUCCGGGGCGUAUGGCCCAAUGCGACGCGUGCUGCGCUCAUGAACGCCUCCCAGCUCGCCAGCUAUGACUCAAUCAAGGUCAUGCUUAUGACAUACACAGGGCUUGGUGACACCACUACGACACAUUUUACCAGUUCUUUCCUCGCGGGAUUCAUCGCUACCACUAUCUGCUCUCCAGUCGAUGUCAUCAAGAGCCGCGUCAUGAGCGCGCAUACGAAUAAGGGGAUCUUCAGCCUCCUUGCCGAGAUCAACGCUAAGGAGGGCGUCUCCUGGAUGUUCAAGGGCUGGGUACCGGCCUUUUUGAGACUGGGACCACAAACCAUAUGUACAUUUUUGUUCCUCGAGGCACAUCGCAAAGCAUACAGGAAAUUCAAGGGUAUAGAAGAAUAGGAUUUCGGAAACCGUUUAGCGGCAGCAACAGCAUCAUCACCCAACCAGCCCAUGAGUUUUUGAAACGGAUAGACUACGGCAGAAUGGAUAUAGAGGUCGGUAUAUAUACAUAAAGUGUGUAUGCAUAGCCAGUCAAUUGGGAGGAGUAAUGGCGUUUAUCACGUAGUUAGGCAGCGAACUUGCAUCUUGCGAGCAUUGACUUAGGUACCCAUAGAUAGUCUGCUAUUGAAUCCAUCACUUGGAUAAUGUAAUCAAGACCACUCACUGUAUUUGACCGGUACAAGA